UAUCCGGAAGUUAGUGCGACUUCGCCCCGCCCACCUCCUAUUCGCUGGUUUUGGAACCGCUAGCAAAGAUUGUAGGAUUAUAUAGUCGAUUAAAUUAAAUUUCCUUUGCCAUUCUGUCGGGUUGUUGUCAGAAUGAAGUGAAACUCGGAGGAUUGAUCGGGUACCGCUGACUAAAGAAUAAAAACCUACAUUCGGUUUUCUUCCUACGUGUGAGACUAAAAUCUACUUUCUGUUGACAGAAAACAAGUUAACCGUGUUUAGUGUCUGACAGCUGCUGCUGUCGCCAACAUAUUAACGUUUGGACGUUCUUGUUAUUGAAUUUACUUAUUUUUAUUCCACAUGCCCUGACUUUUGAACUUUUUCUUAAAUACAAAUUUAUUUGGAGUCGUCGACUGGUUUUAUUGAUUAGUUCUCCCAUCCAGAGCUGAGGAAACUCCCCAAGAACACCAGGCUGUACAGAGGAGUAAAAAACAAGCAAGUCUGGGUCACUGAGGAAAACAAGGGGAAUAAAGUUCUUGUAUGUGCAGUGCUUGUGCUCCUGAAUGGCGUCCGUUGGAGUCCCGGGGCCGAAGGUCCCCGACUGUGUGACCAAAGUAGCUCUGACCAUCUCCUGUAAGGACCUGCUGGAUAUGGACGCCUUCUCCAAGUCGGACCCUCUGUGUGUCCUCCUCAUGAACACCUCCGGGCCCCACUGGUGCGAGAUCGGCCGAACGGAGAGAAUCCAGAACUGCCUCAGUCCCAAGUUCUCCCAGAAGCUGGUCCUGGACUACUACUUUGAGACGGUGCAGAAGCUGCGGUUCGAAGUUUACGACAUCGAUAGCGAGAAGUGCAGCCCGGAGGAGGCGGACUUCCUGGGACAGCUGGAGUGCACACUGGGACAGAUCGUGUCCUCCAGGACGUUCACCAAGCGGCUGGUUAGGAGGGACCAGAGUCCUGCUGGGAACGGGUCCAUCACCAUCUGGGCUGAAGAGAGAAAUGAUAACAGAGUGGUGGAGUUUGAAGUUGCUGCAAGAAAACUGGACAAAAAGGAUUUUUUUGGGAAGUCAGAUCCUUUCCUGGAAUUCUACAAGCAGACAGAAACUGGAUGGCAGCUGACUCACAGGACAGAGGUGGUGAAAAGCAACCUGAAUCCAAGUUGGCGGCCAUUCCGAAUCCCGCUGCAGUCGCUGUGCGGAGGCGACGUGGAGAAACCGAUAAAGGUGGACUGCUACGACCACAACAACAGCGGAUCUCACGACUUCAUCGGCUCCUUUCAGGCCAGUCUCAGCCAGAUCCAGCAAGCCACGCUGACGUACGCGGCGGAGUUUGACUGCAUCAACAGCAGCAAGAAGCAGAGAAAAAAAGGAUAUAAAAACUCCGGGAUCAUCAUCGUCAAGCAGGCCAAGGUGGUGAAGGAGUACAGCUUCCUGGAUUACAUCAUGGGUGGAUGUCAGAUUAAUUUCACUAUUGCCAUUGAUUUUACAGGCUCCAAUGGAAACCCCCACUUGCCCACCUCCCUGCACUACAUCAACCCCCAAGGCUACAACGAGUACCUGGCUGCUAUCUGGGCCGUUGGUAACGUUGUCCAAGACUACGACAGUGACAAGAUGUUCCCCGCCUUUGGUUUCGGUGCUCAGUUACCUCCAACGUGGCAGGUCAGCCAUGAGUUUCCCAUCAACUUCAAGCCAUCAGAUCCGUUCUGUGCAGGUGUAGAGGGUGUGGUUGCAGCCUAUCAGCAGUGUCUAUCUCAGGUGAAGCUUUACGGCCCCACAAACUUCGCCCCAAUCAUCAACCAUGUGGCUCAUUUUGGCAGACAGGCCCUGCAGCAGCAAUCCGCCUCACAAUACUUCGUCCUGCUGAUCAUCACCGACGGCGUCAUCACCGACAUGGAUCAGACGCGCACCGCCAUCAUCCACGCGUCCCGACUGCCCAUGUCCAUCAUCAUUGUCGGGGUGGGCGGGGCUGACUUCAGCGCCAUGGAGUUCCUGGACGGAGACAAUGGAGUUCUGCAAUCAGCUACUGGCGAGGCCGCCAUGAGAGACAUCGUCCAGUUUGUCCCGUUCAGACAGUUUCAGAAUUGUCCUCGGGAGACGCUCGCUCAGAAUGUCCUGGCGGAAAUCCCGGGUCAGGUGUCUGGCUUCUUCAACAGCAUGAACCUGAAGCCACCACACGGCGAUGCUCCUCAUCCACCGUCAGCUCCCCCAGCGAUGCUCUCUGAAAACCAGCCUUCUUCGUCCUACGGUCGUGUUGGAACAGCUGAAACGUAAAGAUGUUAUAGAUUCCCCAACAUUUGUCACCAUCAUCAUCAGAUAUUAACUUCAAUAAAUUUAGUUUACUUUAUUCCACUGAAGUGCCAGAGCUGUAAAGAAUUCCAGUAAUAUUCUUGCUUUUAUUGGACGAGCUGAGGCAGCUAAUAACAUCCAUGUUCCUGGUCUGGUGUUCAUCAGCUGUGUACAUGACAGUCUGGAGGUCUGAUCUACAUGUCUUUAUUAAUACACCCCCGUCCCCCCAUUUCACACACCUGCACCCACAGAGUUUCCAGAUGUUACCGCGAUGUUUACAGUACAGAUUAUCUGUUAAAAGUUAACGUGUUGCUUCCAUCCAACGUUGGAAUCGUGCAUCAUAUCCUAACUUAUAGCGCAUUCUAGCGUCUCACUUUCUUAAACACGAAUUGCAACAACGGUAGCCGCCAUGUGUCAAAAAGCCUCGACAACACCCAUGAAGCAUGUCAUCCGAUAGUUCAUGGAGUGUUCACUCAGUUACACACAAAGAACCCACUUCUGAAGUAGAACCUUAACUUUAUUCACUGCCACCAUAUUAACAACAACGCAGUUUUCCUACUUCCGUUUACUUCACAAUACCAGUAUACAUGUGUGAUCACCAUGAAACACUCAUAAGUAUUAACCAGUAACACAGUUACUGUGUUUCAAACUUAACACACUCAGGUGAAGAAGUUCCCUCUGGAUCAUAACUGGUCAGGGGGAAACAUCUGGUGGACGGGAAUUCACUGUCAGUUAUAGUUCCUCUGUGUUUAGAAGGAAGGAUGGUUCCAACAGCGGGAACGGGUCUGGAAGGGGAAACUGGCCUCCACACAGCACCGGCUUUUAGUCCCAGUAAAACCAGCUUAUAAAGCCUUCCCACCGGCUUUUAGUCCCAGUAAAACCAGCUUAUAAAGCCUUCCCACCGGCUUUUAGUCCCAGUAAAACCAGCUUAUAAAGCUUCCCACCGGCUUUUAGUCCCAGUAAAACCAGCUUAUAAAGCCUUCCCACCGGCUUUUAGUUGUUUACCGUGACUAUGAUGACUGAAACCACGUAAACAUUCACUUCUGUACCAAUGAGGCUGGUGUAUUUUAGUAGAAACUUUUGUUAAGCUGCCCUAUGGUAACCAUGGUAACCGUGGUAAGAGCAACACUGUCUAACAAAACCCAAUGAAACAGCUUUAGGCUAAUUUAGGCAGCACCGGUGACUUGUCGAGGAGAAAGCUGAAAACUUCAGCAUCCUUUUAAAAUCUUUCUCCUUCUGGAGCUGCUUCCACCUGGAGAAGACUAGCCCCAUGUUUUUCCUCUUUGUAUCGUCUGGUCACGCUGGUGAAACGGCUCCCGUGCUGCUGCUGCAUUUUUCUUAUUUAUCGUCUGACUGACAUGGCACUGCGCUACCGGCUUACCCGUCACAUGAAUGAACAAAUCUAAAAUUCUUCCCUUACAAGAAUGCAUCAGAUCACUAGCGGAGGUCAUACUGGACCAGUGAUAACACACAUAUACAUGCAGACAUGGAUUCUGGCCAGAAAACAGAAGAUGUGACACAAUGUUCCUUUAACACAAUUUAUCAAACUUAAACUUUAUAAAGCACUUUUCAUGCUGGGGCAACACAAAGUGCUCUACAUGAAAAAAUCACUCCAUGCUUUUCAAAAUGAGCCUUUACACACAUCAAAAAGAGACUACACAACAACAAAAAAACACCGUCUUUCACACAGCCACACAAACACAAACACAAAGCAGCCCCCCAAAUUCUGCACAAACAUGACUCCCCGAUCUCUGUCUCCAAACGAAAUGCAGUAUAAAACAUUAAAUUUUCUAACACACAUACAAAACAACAAAAAAACAGCUGUUGUUUUUUUCUUGAGUUCUUUUUAUAUUUGCUUCCAUCAAUGAGUUCAACCAGGGAUUCAUUUUAUUCAUCAGUUGCCAUGAAGAUGUGACAUCAUAAAAUGUCUGUUUACACUAAAAAUGAGGUUCACUCUGUCUUACGAGGAAUUACUGAUGCAUCUGGAUAUUUACAUGCAUGUGAUUAUUCGUUGUUUACACGUAUGACUGUGGAACUGCCUCAUGUUUGAUUCAUGUCUGCGUCAUGAUGUCGGUUUUAUCCGGAGUUUUAUCUCUGCCAUGUUCUGCACCAAAACAAAUGAAAUAGAAAUGCUUUACUAAUCCUCAAAGGGAAAUGAUAAGCCAUUGUAGCCACUUAGAGCUUUAUGAUUAUCUUUUUAAUCAUGUAAAACUGAGAUAAAGUGCUUUUAUAUGAACAUGUUAAAUAAAUAUUGCCUAUGA